AUGUUUGAAAAUUUCGUGAGAAGAACAUUAGAGGACAACGUUUAUAAAGUGACAUAUUUAGACGAUUUGAACGUAUUUGAAUUUGGACCUAUAUUUGUGGGACAAAACAGGAUAUACGAAGAAGAAUAUGUAAUAGAUUUGAAGAAUUCAUCACUUAUAACUGCUGAUGUUGAGAUAGAAUUCCUAGAAGAAACUACUGUGUUCGAGAUUGACAAAACAUUUAUACAACUUGAAAUUUACGAUGCAGAAGGUCGAGGAGAGCCGAUGGUGAUAGAUACAUUACACUUAUCAGCAGAAUGUUAUGAUGUUAUGGUCGAAUGCGCUUACGACAAUCCAAAUGAAAGUCUACUAAAUUAUGGCAAUGUCAAAGUUAACUCCACCGUUGUCAGAGAAAUGUAUUUAUUGAAUAGGGGUAAAUACAACAUAUACUACAAGUUUACAUUGUUUCCAUUGGGUGAGCUUAAUUUCCAUAUCAUAGCAGUUGGUAGUGGUGUUAUGAGAGAAGUUAUAUUAAACAAUACCAGUAAAUGCCCUGUCACCUACGAAAUUGUUUUGCCAGAAAAGUAUCAGCCCGAUCCGAAUGCUCCAAUCCAAGCAAAAGUAAAAGAUAACAAAAUAAAGAACCCCCCAUUAAAAUGCGGUAAUUUUCUGAUUAAUAAUGAUGAUAAUCUUCUUGCGCCGGGUACAAGUAGAACUAUAAAUAUUCAAUUCAUGGCUACUGCUGCCAGAAAAUUCGAAGAGACUAUAAAGUUUAUAAUAAGCGAUACAUGCCCUGCUGAAGCUCAAGGAGUACCACUCAAGCUCGUUGGAACGGGAGCAAUGCCUACUUUAGAUUUCUGGAAUUUAGAGACUACAUUCAGAGAACAUCUUAUUGUGAAGAGCCUGUCCGAAUACAAAGUACCUGAGCCAUCCCCUCACUGUGUUUUUGUGGAAGAUUCUGUUACGCUACAUUUCUUCUGUGUGACCGUUAAUACUAAUCUCACUGGCGUCAUUGAUCUGUAUAAUAACGGUUUAGUUGCAUGUGCACUUAAUAUGAAAUUACACUACCAGUCUAACUCUAAUCAAGAUAUAUUUUCAUUAGAUAAAUAUGAAACUCACAUUGAACCUCUAUUACAUAAAUCAUUAGGGAUCAUAUUUUCCCCAAAAGCACUUCAGGUUUUUUGUGAGGCUGAAGCUUUCAUGGAGGAUGUCAUUUUAUUGGGCCUUGAAAUGCUUUCUAUGGAAAUGGAUUUGGAAACAUAUCGGUCUUCUAAUGAAGGAACAAUGUCGACUAUGUCUACAGUGGAUACUAGAAAAAAGAGUAAAAGUGCUACAUUUGAUAAAAACGAAAGAAAAAGGUCGAAGGUCACGGAAGUGAAAAAAAGUAAGAUGGGCUCAAUGAAGCAUAGUGAUUCAGGCAGCGUCGAAAUGUCCAUUUUGAAAUACGUUUUGGAGUUCGGUGGUUGUGAAUUAUCAACUAUCCUGAGAAGAACUGUUAUCAUGGUUAACAAUUCUGAAAAAGUAUAUAAAUUUGAAUGGGUAGAAGUGGACAACAUAGUUGUUAAGCCAUCUAUAGGCUACAUAUCCCCUGGAGAAGAAAAAGAUUUAGAAAUCAUAUUCUUUUCUACAGAACCGGUCGUUUUGAAGCAACAAUUGUUAAACUGUACAUUGACAGCAAUAAGUGAUGAUUCAUUGACUAUUGAUUUGAAAGGUGCAACAUGGGAUAAUAGACAAAUAAUUACAACCUUUGGGCACAACAGGGAAGUGCUAAUUAAUGAAAGAUACGAAACAAUUAUUGACGAACAAACUUCUCCAUCUUCGAAUGAUCAUUUGGGAGUUAUUUACAUGGUUAUUGUUUAUUCGGCAAUGACAGAACAUACAAAAUAUACUUCUACAUUAAAAGAUGAAAUAACUUUGCAGGAUACUUUCAUUUACCAAACUCGAAAAUUUGAAUUUACUGUACAAAACAUUGGUCACGUACCCCUCAAAAUAGCUUGGAGUUUUGUUCUCGACGAUGAAUAUCCAGCAAGAUUAGACAAAUAUAAUAAAAAGAAUCGUAGUUUUCUCGAGUCUGGUAAUGAGCCAACAGAAGUCCAAAAUGUAAACAGUUCAAUUAAAGACGGCUCGUGGGUAGACAUGCCCAUAACAGGAAAAACAGAAGGAGAUAAUUUGGACCCUUACGACAUGAACAUAAACUGCAAAAUAACGGCAAAGUCCUUGAUCCCGUAUGUCCAUUUGGACAUAGAUGAAAGUGAUUAUCUCACAUCGGGACGCAGGAAGUUUACUGGAGUGGCACUGCCUCCGCACAUGACCGUACUAGAAUUCGACGUUUUAGGCUCCGGAUGCUAUAAGAAAACUUUCAGUGUCAUAAAUCCCACGAGCGAAGCUUACGAAUUUAUAUUCGAAAUGGUCCUAUCAGAUAAGCCUGAACUGAUCCCAGUUCAUUGCAAUAUGUUGAAAGGUUAUGUGGAAGGAGGUUCAUCCACAGACGUAACUUUUACGUUUUCUCCUACCGCCCCUGGGAGGACCAUACCUUUUACCGUAAAGAACGAUGGAUCAGCAACAUUCUUCUUCGACUGGUACUACAAUACUAACUCCGUAAAAAAGUAUCUGCAGGUCAGCGUUGAACCUAAGAGUGGGCACGUCACGCCAGGCAACGAAGUAGAAUGCGUACUCUAUUUUACGCUGAAAAAAGUACCAGUACAGGCUUUCCCUGUUACGUUAGCUAUUUCAGACGGUCCAGAGUACUGUAUUUUACUACAUGCCGAAAUUGAAAAGCCAGCGUAUCAUUUCUCUUGCAUGGACUAUGACUUUGGCAAGUGUAUCAUUAAUGCUCCUGAUACCACGUACAAGAAGAACCUGGCAUUUGUGAACGACGAUCAAGUACCUAUCAUUCUUAAUUUGAAUUUUAUAAAUGUCCCUGAGUUAUUUGUCGAUUACGGUGGAGUAAUGAAUGUUGAAUCUAAAAAACGUUUGAAGAUCCCUAUUUACUUCCGGCCGAAACAAGUAAAAGAGUACGAAUUCAAACUGCAGUUUUGGGUUAAUUCAUUGUGCGAAGAAAUCGUUACUAUCAAAGGAGAAGGCGUGCCGCUUCUAUAUGAUUUAUACGAAGGAUGUCAGAAGAGUUUUGAUUUAGGAGCAGUGAAAGUAGGCGAAAAGAUAAUUCGUCAAAUAGAAGUGAUGAAUCAUAGUAAAGUUCCUAUUGAUGCGAGUUUUAUAUUCAGAGAUAUGUACCCAGUUGUGGAAGACACUACCAAUUCAGAAGCGACCAGUGUGUGCCUUAGCCCUAGUGCUGCUAAUACAAUAAAUACGGACACGGGUCCUUCGAGAGUGAAAAUGCUACAAUCUUACAAGGACGAUAAAAUCCGAGACCAAAUUGCAAUGGACAUACAGAAUGCGUUAUCAUCGUUGAAGGUCAUACCUAAUAAAUGUAAAAUAAAGCCAUAUAGAAAAGUACCAUUAAAAAUUCAAUUCAAACCAGUAGGAAUGAUAAACACAUUGAAUGUUCAGUUAAAUAUGAAAGUUUUCGAAUUCGAGAGACCCCUGGUACGCCUGAGCGGAAGUGCUACUGGUAUGAGCUUGUGUUUUAGCCAGAACUCACUGCAGUUCGGCCGCGUGCGUAAACGAGGGUGCAAGAUACUCAAAGUCAUGCUACAAAAUAAGGGAGAUUUUGGAGCAAGAUUUUGGUGGCAGCCUUUAAUAUCGAAUGAGUUUACAAUAUCUCCACAACAAGGAAAUAUUGCAGCGCAUACAAACGUAACAUUCACGAUAACUUUCAGACCUAUUAAUCACAAUCCUUUUAUCAAAAUAUGGGCAAGCUGUAAUAUUGAGAAUUACAUGCCUCUAGAAAUAGCAAUGUAUGCUACUUGCGUAGACUUAGGCAAUGUUCAGAAUAAGACGAUGUAUUUAGAGUGCCCUGUCCGAGAGCUACAGACUGAUUACGUGGUGGUGACGAAUCCGUCCGACGAUAUGUGGCUGGUUUUGAGUGAAGUUUCAGGAGGACCCUUCGAGACAUUAAAAGAAUUCCAUGUGGAACCCAACUCCACUUUUAAUAUUCCAAUUCAUUUUAAGCCCAAGACGAUAGGGAAACACGAGAGUCAAGUAUUGUAUUCACCACUGGGCGAGAGUGCACUUUUCAUAUCAUUGAUCGGCGCAGCAUUACAUCCCAAUCCCAAUGGGAAUAUCCUAAUCACGGUCCCAGCUAAAGACACUUACGUCCAGGAAUUACUUGUUCACAAUAUAACAGAGUUUCCAGAAUCUUACGCUGUAUCAACGGAAGUGGAGAAAGUGAUCCCAGAUAAGUUUGAAGGCUAUUUUGAAAUAAAACAUCCUGACACAGUUAAAGUGUGGGGUGAAGCUGCCGCUACAUGCCGUUGGUCAUACGUAUGCUACGAAGAAUGUGAAAUGUAUCUCAAAUACUACAAUAUCACUGCGACCGUAACGAAGAGCCCUAUAGUGGACACGUUGACAUUCAUCUCGCGAGCGCGCGAAUCCGUACAGAAGGAGUUAGUGGUCACAAAUCCGUUAGCAGAAGACGCGAGCUUUUUCAUUCGAUGCGAUAAAUUGGAUUGUCCGGAUAUGCUGAAGAUUAGCAGAAAUUCAGAGGUAUCACAUCCGAGCAUACAAUGUGAAAAAUUGUACACAUUGGGGCCGUAUGAAAAAGGCAAACUUUUGGUAAUGUUUGAGCCGACUGAAAUUGGUAUUCAACAUUGUAAGCUGUCUUUUGAUUCUCCUGUGGCAGGAGAAUUUGUGUUCAAUAUAAAAGGAAUAGCUACUAGUCCAAAACCUCAAGGACCAUUUGAAAUAAAAUCGGGUGGUUUCACCACGAUACCGUUCAAAAAUGUAUUUGACAGCGAAAUGAAAGUAGGAGUGUACCUGAAUGAUAGAAAUGCACAAGGAUGGGGCGUGGCGCCGACAGGUUGCCUCACUAUUGAGUGCUAUGACCAGCCAGAGCCGAAGGUCCACUGGACUUACUUCCUACAAGGCAUUCCCUGA